UAACUCUGGGAAGCUGCCGGGGAAACACAAUGUCUCCAAAUCCACAUCUGGCUGCUGCAGUCAGAGUUUAUGUUGAAUGAGUUGUGAUGGGAAUGAGGAGGGCUGCAGGGUCAGAGUGGAGCAUGGGGGUCUAUAGGGGAUAAGUGGGGGUGUGUGGGGCUGACAAGACUUGCUGAAGGAGAAAAUAGACUAUUCCAUCUGUCUCAAAACCCGCCCUUCUGCUGACCCACACUCUGGAGACUUUGAUCAGCCUACGGUCACAUGGUAAAGCCAAACCUUUAAAAGACCCCCCGAGCAGCACACCCAAGACCCCAGUCAUCUCUUGUGUGCCAGACACCAGCUGGUCUUGGUGUUCAUCCUGCUUUCUCUUCCCUGGAAAGCCUCCAAAGUACCAUCAUGUCAGACACUGAGGAAAUUGUGGAGGAGUAUGAGCAGGAGGAGGAAGAGGAAGAGGAGGUGAACGAGGAGGAAGAAGUUGAAGAAGAAGAAGAGGAGCAGAGAGAUGAUGAAGCAGAGAAAAAAGAAGAGCCUGCAGAGGAAAAUGAGCAUGAAGGAGAGUCCAAACCGCGACAUAAGACAACUUAUGUGCCAAAUAUUGCUCCUCCAAAGCUCCCAGAUGGCGAGAAGGUGGAUUUUGAUGACCUCCAUCGCAAGAGACUAGAAAAGGAUUUCAACGACCUCCAGAGCCUCAUCGAGCUGCAUUUCUCCAGCCGCCAGAAAGAAGAGGAAGAGCUGGUCGCUCUGCGUAACCGUAUCGAACGCCGCCGAUCUGAUAGAGCAGAACAGCAGCGCGUCCGUGCGGAGGAGGAGCGUGAGCGCCAAUCACGGCUGGCCGAGGAGAGGGCGAGGCGCGAGGAGGAGGCGGCAAAGCUGCGCGCUGAGGAGGAGGCCAAGAAGAAGAAGAUAUUCACAAACAAAUCAUUCGGUGGCUACCUGCAGAAGGUCGACCAGAAGAAGGGCAAGAAGCUGACAGCCAGAGAAGAGAAGAAGAAGGCGUUGAUGGAGCGCCGUAAGCCGCUCAACAUCGACCACCUGAACCAGGAGAAGCUGGCGGAGAAGGCGCAGGACCUCUGGAAGUGGCUCCAUCAGCUGCAUGCUGAGAAGUUUGAGCUGGCAGAAAAGCUCAAGAGGCAGAAGUACGACAUCUACGUGCUCCGAAACCGAGUCAGUGACCACCAGAGGGGCUCCAAAGCAUCCAAGACCACCCGCGGGGCCAAGGGCAAGUCUGGCUCCUGGAAGUGA